UGUGUGGAGCCAAAUAACUUAAAUUCAUCGCAUUGAGUCGGCAAAAGUACUUCUCUCAUUUCAAAAGCAAAAUGGCCUCUGAUGUGAAAUACCAGACGUUCGGUGCUGGUACCGUUCCGGAUGGAGGGCCAGCGGCUGGCAUACUUGCCCCGCCUGCUGCUGGUGCACAGCAGGGUUACAUCUCUCCACAGCAGCCUCAGAUCCAGGCUAGUGGAAUGCAGCCAGUGGUGGCUCCAUCUGGUGCGCCUGCGCCGCUGGGGCAGAUACAAUGGAUGCCUCACCCGCAAGCGGUUCCCGGGUGUCCACCAGGUCUUGAAUAUCUGACGCAGGUCGACCAGCUACUCGUCCAUCAACAGGUGGAGCUUUUUGAGGUUGUCACGGAUAUUGAGACACAGAAUCGAUACCAAGUGAAGAACAGUCUAGGUCAGCAGAUCUACUUUGCUCACGAAGAGUCGGAGUUCUGUGAACGCAUCUGUUGCGGUCCAAGACGUGGUUUCACCAUGCACGUCACUGACAACAUGAACCAGGAAGUGCUUCGGAUUAGUCGCGAGUUGAAGAUUUGCGGGGGCUGCUGCUGGUGCGCUAAUGCUGACUGCUGUGCCAUGGACAUUGCUGUUGAGGCACCGGUCGGUAAUGUCAUCGGCUACGUCAGACAGGCGCAAAGCUGGUGGUAUCCUAACUUCGACCUUUUGAACGUGGCUAAGGAGCCCGUGUUGAAGAUCCUUGGCCCCUUCUGGUUUUGCCAGAAUGUUUGCUGUACUGGUGACAUCGACUUUAACGUCAUGAAUGAAGAUUCAAACAUAGAGGUUGGCAAGCUAAGCAAGCAGUGGGGUGGAUUCGUAAAGGAAGCCUUUACCAAGGCAGAUAAUUUCAACGUCAACUUUCCUUUGGACCUUUCUGUGGAUAUGAAGGCUUGUUUGCUGGGUGCCGUCUUCCUGAUCGACUUCAUGUAUUUCGAGAGGAAAAAGGACACUAACGAACGCCACCACUGAGAUGUCAGUAUCGAGAGACUGCUGGUCGAACCCCCCCCACAGCAGCAAAAGCCUAAAAUCUCGUUACGUGUCACGUCACAUGUCCAAUUCCGCAGCUUUCGUGUGCAUCGAAAUGCCCAUUGUAUUAGUCACUCACCAUGCAUAUAUGAAGCAUCAAUAAUUGGUUAGAUUUUCGUCUCUUUAUGUUGAAACAGAUUAAUGGGUAGAGUGUAAUGGACAAGGCUUCGUUCGGUGGUAAAGCAUAUGCCUAAAGCGCCUCAAAAGGGUGAAGAAAAAUCUUUCAAAGGGUAUAUAAUAAACCAAUCAUGAAGAUCCUAUUCAAAAACUGAAAGAAAGAAACCCCAGUUGAUCUUAACAAGUGCUUCACGGUGUUUGAUAUCAUUAGCACCACGUUUUCAAUCGCAAUUACAGUUAGUCAGUGAUAAAUUAAUCAACUGUGCACUGUGUAUUGGAGGUUUAUGUUUGUAAAGAAUCUACCUAGUUGUUUAGGGAUUCAAAACACAUUCGUAAUUCUUGUUCUUAAAUGCCAAACUACCCGAGAAUGAUCGUCUGCAAGCACGCUAUCUGCAAGGGAGGAGUGUUUAAAUGGUUAUCAGGUUUAAUCCUACAUUUUGAGAGAUCGUUCUGAGAGAAAACGCAUUUUUAUAAACCUACUUCAAGAUUAGAUGAAUAAAUUCCGACUCCAUGCACCAAAGCUGCGGCCACCUAGAUUGCCCUCAGAUUCGCUUUAAUCGGUAGUUGACAAACAGUUUCAUCUGUUUUGGAAAGACUUUUAUGAUCGUCGCUUCUGCCACAAAUUACAUAAACAGUGGUUAAUAAGGUAGGCAUAGUUUUGUUUGAUAAAUAUUUACAGUAACACAUGUAUAUAAAUAAACUUUUAUCAAAAUUUUCACGAAUGGCUCACAAUAACAACAUUGCGCUAUAAACGUGUUUCCUCAUGAUAUCUGAGUAUGAAUACGACACUGAAAUCCAUAAAGAACCUAAAUAAAAGCAGUUGUAUCCAUGAACAGACCGACACUUAACAUUUUAAUACGACGAGCUUGGCUGUUGCAUUGGUAAUUUUGGUGGCAUCGUGUGUACUGCGCAAGGGCCAAUAUUAUGAUUUAAAUUGCCUGUUCUUCCCUACCUCUAUAGUUUGAAAACCUUCCGAAGUGUUUGGAAGUGCUUUGUAAUUUGUGAGACUGAUUAUGGAAAGAAACAUUAAAACAUUACUGUGGCUUCA